CGUAUUCAUUUUGAUUGGUCCCAGUUGAACGCUUUGAUUCGCAAUAAACUCGCAAUUGCGCAUGCUCUCGGAUCUCGUAUAUUCAGAAUACGAUAUUUCUCGUUUAAACUGAAAAACGUACAUUUUACGGUGAUGUUUUCGAACGUAAUUAAUUCUAUUAAUAUUGUCGAAACAUAAAAUGAAAUAACCUUCGUACGAUGCUCGUGUAAAAUCGAUCGAGUAUGUUUUUAAUGAUCGAGUACAGAUUUUACUACGUUUCAUUCGAACGAGAGGGGGCAAAGAAAGCGAAUCGCUUGUGCGCGACAAGCCAGUGUUAAACGUUGCAUAUCGCGGAUUACAAAUCUCGAAACGUGGUCGGACAAAUUUCGUCGAGGGAAAAACCAAUGAAGCUGACCGUAUUCGAUACAGGUAUCUACAGAAAUGCGUAUCGAAGUCACUGUGAAGGAGCGAUAAGAGAUGAUUCAUAAAUGCAACGUCUGCGAUAACGAAAUUUCAUUAGCCACGAGAAAAACGUGCUUGUCAUACAGAAAAUUCUGUUAAGAAAACUCGAGUUGUGAAACACGCAAGAUCAUUGGCCAUGGAAGUGAAACAGUUGGAAGUAAGCAUGGUGUGGAAGUGAAAGUGAGAGUGUGCCGAAUCAUAUCGUUUUAUUGAAACUGCGUAAUCAUCGAUCCGAGUUUACGGCGAACGAAGCAGGACACCAUUUCAUUCCUAAUACCGGUAGGAAGCUGUUGAAGAUAGACGUUUCAAGCGAUAGACCGAUGGGUUUUGAAUAUUUUUAACAAAUAUAAACAUUUCGUGUGCGAUCACGGAUGAGGUGCUCACAGAAUUAUGGGCAAAAUGUAACGCAAGAAAUAAUUGACGAAACGUCGGAGAGCCUGUAAUUGACAACCGAAUGUUAUUCGAGAGGAAACAUGUUAUUGAAAACAAAGUAUACGCGUGACCGGUAACAUUUAUGGAUAGAGUAUAUUGAAGGAAAGAUCAAAGGUAGACCUGUCGAAGUUUUGCAAAAGGUUCGGUUACACGUUGCUGGACGAAACAUCGGUGAGAACGUAGCAUAGAAUCGGAACUCGAUUCAGGUCGAAUGUGCAGAAUCGAUCGUUGCAUUUUCGACGCUCGCUUCCCCUUUUCACCGUGUACGGAAGGGCAACGAUAGCAGUGAACGUUUCACUGGCUGUACGAACGAGAAAGAACAAAAUGUUACAAUCGGCAAAGUGGACUAGUCGUUGAUUUUUUCGCACGAGAACACCGGCUUUUGAUAGGAGAGUGCGUGUUUACGUGCGAGCGAACCAAAACAUCAAUGACCUUGAAAGAGGAGCAGUCACGUGACCAGGAGGUAGCUCAAGGAUUGGACAGUCGAGGCGCAUAUAAUGUGUAUUGCGCCGUGCGCGCCCUGCGUCCCGCAUUCCGUGUCCGAUAGAUGGUAGAGAGGUUUGUCUAAGAGGGGAAAGGGGCGAAAGACAGACUACGCGACGGCAACGACGACGACGGCGACGACGAGGACGACGAGAAAGACGAGAAAGACGAGAAAGACGAGAGAGAGUGCCGUUCGCCCGUACGUCCGUGUGUGUGCGCGCGCGUUGAUCGCUUGUGUGUUGUCCCAAGAUGAAGUCCGACUCUAAACCUUUGUUGACAGCUCAGGCGGAAAAGGCGAAUCAUUACACAUACUUGAAGGAAUUUCGCGUCGAACAAUGUCCCCUCUUUAUACAGCGCAAAUGCACACAACACCGACCCUUCACGUGCUUCAACUGGCACUUUAUGAACCAGCGGAGGCGCAGACCGGUGAGAAAGAGGGACCGCACCUUCAACUAUAGCGCCGAUAAUUAUUGCACCAAGUAUGACGAGACUACCGGCAUAUGCCCAGAUGGAGACGAGUGUCCAUUUCUUCACCGCACUGCUGGAGACACAGAAAGACGUUACCAUCUUCGUUAUUACAAGACUUGCAUGUGUGUCCAUGAUACGGAUACACGUGGAUUCUGUGUCAAGAAUGGACCUCAUUGUGCCUUUGCACAUGGCAAUCAUGAUCUUCGUCCACCUGUUUAUGACAUCAAAGAAAUACAAGCGCUGGAAAAUCCUGAUUCAGAUCCUAAUUCAUCGUCAAACGGACCAAACAUACUUGACAAGGAAAGAAAUUUAAUGAACGAAGACCCAAAGUGGCAAGAUACAAAUUAUGUACUCAGUAAUUAUAAGACAGAGCCUUGCAAACGUCCUCCAAGACUAUGCCGUCAGGGUUAUGCUUGUCCACAAUAUCACAAUAGUAAGGAUAAAAGACGUAGUCCACGUAAAUAUAAAUAUCGAUCAACACCAUGUCCUAAUGUAAAGCAUGGAGAAGAAUGGGGUGAACCGGGUAAUUGCGAACAGGGAGAUGCUUGCACAUAUUGUCAUACGCGUACAGAGCAGCAGUUUCAUCCUGAAAUUUACAAAUCAACAAAAUGCAAUGAUGUGCAGCAGGCCGGUUACUGUCCACGCGGAGUCUUCUGUGCAUUUGCACAUGUCGACCGUGAGUGUACCCUCAUAAAUCUGUUGCCAACAGAAGAAAUGAGCCUGGCGAGGGACAUGGCGGUACCUAUAGAUUGUGGCACCAAUCUGGCAGAUAUUCUCAGUAAUGCGCUUCCACCUGACAAGCGCAGUCAUGAAAAAGAUAAACCGCUUAGCGAUAGCAGUAAUGGAAGCGGCGAAGUAUCAGAGUCAGCAAGUACCAGUAGCAUUGGUAGCAACAGUUCACACAGUAAAGCUCCUGGUGCUCAACUUCAUAAUUCUAAUUCAAAUACCGCUGUAAAUACUUCCACUCAACAGAAGUUAAGCAUAUUGUACAAUCCUAGUUCUCUUCUCCAGGUUGGUGAAAUUCGAAAGCAAAUGGUUGCUAUAGAUAGUGAUCCUUUAUUAACAAAAGCUGAGAAGGCUCAACAAAAACAAAGUUUAUACAUAGCAUAUAGUUUGAAUGGAACUUUGGGCAGUCAUUCGUUAGCAACUACCGUCUCACCACUUUCAAGUUCAUUUUAUCCAAAUGAUACCGUUGAGUCUGUAGUAGGAAAUGCAUUAGAGGAGUUGCAUUUAGAUGAUCCUUUAAAUUUAGUUGAAACAAUUCAUAGGGAUACUAAUUCACCAAUUAGCAAUUCAAUAUCGGCAGGCCUAGCAAGUUCUGGAUUAUUGGGAAGCUCAGCUCCGGUUAACAUCCCUGAACGGAUGGCUGAACGUUCGGUUCUUACCAAUUUUUCACCCUCUACGUCCAGUCCACUUCAGCAGCUUCAUUCAGCAAGUUUUCUUACUGGAUCCAGAUUUUCUCAUCAAGAUUCUAUGGAGUCGACAAUGCCAUUUAUGAAUCAAGUAUCAGAUCCAUUUAGCAAUCAUAUCUCACAACUUAGCAGUUCAGCAUCUAAACUUAGUGGAUUCAAUAGUAGCUUAUUUGAUUUUACGAAUCAAGGAAUGUCUCCAUCUCGUACACAACCUCUCCCAGCAUCUCCGUUGGUCAAUGCAUUUUCCAUCAGUCCUAGUAAUACAGGAUCUUUGUCCGAGGUACAGAGGCUUAGAGAAGAAUUAACAUCAAGUCGCGCUCAAUUAGCAACAUGGGAAGAACGAAUUAAUCAAGCUAGAGCAGCUUGUGCGGCAUGGCAAUUAGAAACCGAAGAAGCUGCGAGUAGAGCAAGAAUCGCUGAACAGCAAAGAGAUGAAGCCUUAUUGAAAGUAAAAGCUUUGACGGCCGAAAACGAAGCGUCCAGCGGUGGCCCUUACCUUCAUACGCUAAGAAGAACAAGUGAACUCAGAUCGUUAUCGAUAGCUGCGUUAAAAUCAAUUCAGUCGCAGCUUCGCUCGGAUCUUGAAGAAGUAGAAAAGGUGCUGUACAGAGAAACGGCAACAAAGUGCAUGGUUUGUGAGGAACAAAAUCGCACUGUUACCCUCUCACCCUGUAACCACUACGUGGUCUGCUCGACGUGCGCUCCAAAUCAACGAGAGUGCCCGUACUGCCAGACUCCGGUUGUCUCCACGAGUUAGGUCUGAAUACUUUGUUAGAACUUCCCGUUGUUACAAUUACCGCAGUUUUUCAGUAACAAGGACAAAUACUAUCUCAGAACUCUAAUGUGAGAGGAACGUUAGAAAACUUCAUAUGAAACCAGUACUUUGAACAUGACGAUGGUAUAUAAAAGAAUUUCAAGAAAUUUUACUGCGGAACACGUAAGAUCACAAUAGAGGAGCUGAAACAAAUUACAGCAAUAUUAUAAUUUGACUAUCGCCAAAGUUAAUACGGAUGUGAUAAGACUUCGUGUACGUAGUCUCUAUUUGUCAUAUUUCUUGUGUCAACAGUUAUUAUCUGUUAUAUAGCUUGUCUAUAAAGGUUCUGAUGUCGCAUCCUCUAUAUUAAGAACACAUAUUAUUCAUCUUGGAAUGGAAAACAUCUUUAUUUAAUGUAUAAUUCAAAGUACAUUUAUUAGCCAGGGUGCUAGCUGAAAUAGUUAGCAUUUAUAAACCGGUAUGUGUAUCGGUUACAUAACACAUCAGGUAAAAAGAAAUAAUAUAAUCAGAAUGAUGAUGACGAUGAUGAUGAUGAUGAUGAUGAUGAUGAUGAUGAUGAUGAUUAUGGUGAUGAUGAUGAUGAUGAUGAUGAUGAUGAUGAU